CGUCACUGUGCCAAUGUCAGUGGUCACCGGUACAUGCUAUCGGACCGCGUUUGCACUAUAGUGUGGUAUUUUAGAUUUUAUUUAUAUUGCUAUAUAUAGAUUUAAAGAUCAUAUAUAGUCGGUUUAAGAUAUUUAAGUGUACGCUACUGUAGCUAAAUUCGUAGCUAUAUUUGGCGGAAUGAUGAGGACGAUAGUGCUAUUGGCAUCGCUGGUUGCGCUGGUAUGUGCAGAAUCAAAAGUGUAUUUCAGGGAGCAGUUCGAAGACGGCGAUGCAUGGACGACCAGGUGGUUGGAAUCCAAACACAAGUCGGACUAUGGAAAGUUUGUCCUAUCAGCGGGCAAGUUUUACGGAGAUGCGGAAAAAGACAAAGGCCUGCAGACCGGUCAGGACGCGCGCUUCUACUCCUCCUCCGCGCGGUUCCCCGCCUUCAACAGCGCGGGGCAGCCGCUGGUGCUGCAGUUCACCGUGAAGCACGAGCAGACCAUCGACUGUGGCGGCGGCUACGUCAAGCUCUUUCCCUCCGAGCUGAAACAGGAGGACCUGCACGGGGACUCCCACUACAACAUCAUGUUCGGUCCUGAUAUCUGUGGUCCAGGAACCAAAAAGGUGCACGUCAUCUUGAACUACAAGGGGAAGAAUCACCUGAUCAACAAAGAUAUCCGAUGCAAGGAUGACGAGUACAGCCACCUGUACACGCUGGUGCUCAGCCCUGACAACACCUACGAGGUGAAGAUCGACAACAAGAAGGUGGAGUCGGGCAGCCUGGAGGAGGACUGGGACAUUCUGCCCCCGAAAAAGAUCAAGGACCCGGACGCCACCAGGCCCAAGGACUGGGACGAGAGGGAGAAGGUGGACGACCCCGAGGACAAGAAGCCGGAGGACUGGGAUAAGCCAGAGCACAUCCCUGACCCUGAUGCCAAACAGCCGGAGGACUGGGACGAUGAGAUGGAUGGGGAAUGGGAGCCGCCCAUGAUCACCAACCCGGAAUACAAGGGCGAGUGGACCCCCCGGCAGAUCGACAACCCCGAGUACAAGGGGAAGUGGGUGCACCCCGAGAUCGACAACCCCGAGUACACCGCAGACUCUGAGAUCUACAGGUACGAGGACGUGGGAGUCAUCGGCCUGGACCUGUGGCAGGUGAAGUCUGGCACCAUCUUUGAUAAUUUCUUGAUCACCAACGACCCGAAGCUGGCUGAGGAGGUGGGGAAGGAGACCUGGGGCUUGACCAAGGACCCUGAAAAGAAGAUGAAGGAGAGCCAGGAGGAAGAGGAGAGACAGAAGCGUGAGGAAGAUGAGAAGGCCAUGAAGGAAGAGACGAAGGACCAGGAGGAGGAGGAGGAAGAGGAGGAGGAGGAGGAAGAGAAGGAGGAAGAGGAAGAAGAGGAAGAGGAAGAAGAGGAGGAGGAAGAAACAGACUCUAACCUCAAGGACGAGCUUUAAACUCCGACAGGGAGGGAGGUGCCCUGUUUGCA